UCGCGGCUUGCUGGCUGUCUGCGUACCCACGUGGGCCGAACCCUGGAUAGCGCCGCGGUCCUGCCCCCCGCCGGGACUUCGCGGAACCCAGGCGCCAUGGGGAAGCUGCGCCGGCGGUACAACGUCAAGGGGCGCCUGCAGGCGGGCCCCGGCCCCUCAAAAGGGGCCCCCGAGCCGCCCCCCGUGCGGCUGGAGUUGGAGGGUGAGGACGUGCUGAAAGGGGUGGAUGCCAGCAAUGUACUUGUGCUACCUGGAAAGAAGAAAAAGAAGAGCAAGGCGCCGCCCCCGUCCAAAAAGGAGAAGAAGCCCCUGACCAGGAAGGAAAGGAAGGCGCUGCAGAAGAUCUUGGAACAGAAGGAGAAAAAGAGCCAGCGGGCGGAGCUGCUGCAGAAACUCAGCGAGGUCCAGGUGUCGGAGGCUGAGAUGCGGCUGUUCUACACCACAUCCAAGCUGGGCACCGGGGACCGCAUGUACCGCAUCCGAGAGAGGCCGGAUGAGCUGGCAGCCCUGGGCCAGGAGAGGAUCAGCAGUCUGAGCGGGGCCUACCGCAAGCGCCGCCGCCAGCUGGACACAGAUGAGGAGGAGCCCCCAUCCCAGCCUGAGUCCUCUGAGGAUUCAGAGUCUGAUGAGGCCCUGGCAGAGGACCAGGAUGGGGCCAGUGCCACGGCAGCCGCAGGGCAGCCUCCUGCAGGGGUCUCUGGGUCCUCUGCAGAUGGGAGUCCAGCAGCCAGCGGCCAGCCCCCGGCAGCCUCCAGCCCGGCUCCUGCGAGAGCUGCAGCCACAAGCCCACCCAGGCGCCCUGCAAGGCCUGCAGUAUUUGUCCCCGUGAACCGAACCCCUGAGAUGCAGGCCGAACGGCUCCAGCUCCCCAUCCUGUCGGAGGAACAGGUGAUCAUGGAGGCAGUGGCUGAGCACAGCAUCGUCAUCCUGUGCGGUGAGACCGGCAGUGGGAAGACCACACAGGUGCCGCAGUUCCUCUACGAGGCUGGCUACAGCAGUGAGGACAGCAUCAUCGGCGUCACAGAGCCACGCCGUGUGGCUGCUAUGGCCAUGUCCCAGCGUGUAGCCAAGGAGAUGAGUCUGUCACAGCGGGUUGUCUCCUACCAGAUCCGCUAUGAAGGGAACAUAACCGACGAGACCAGGAUCAAGUUCAUGACAGACGGUGUGCUGCUCAAGGAAAUCCAGAAGGACUUCCUGUUGCUCAAGUACAAGGUGGUCAUCAUCGAUGAGGCCCACGAGCGGAGCGUGUACACUGACAUCCUAAUCGGCCUGCUGUCGCGCAUCGUGGCCCUGCGAGCCAAGAGACAACGGCCGCUGAAGCUGCUCAUCAUGUCGGCCACACUGCGGGUGGAGGAUUUCACACAGAACCAGCGGCUCUUCGCCAGGCCGCCACCUGUCAUCAAGGUAGAGUCGCGGCAGUUCCCUGUCACUGUGCACUUUAACAAGCGCACGCCGGAGGACUAUAGCGGCGAGUGCUUCCGGAAGGUGUGCAAGAUCCACCGCAUGCUGCCUGCAGGCGGCAUCCUGGUGUUCCUCACGGGGCAGGCGGAGGUGCACGCCAUGUGCCGCAGGCUCAGGAGGGCUUUCCCAGCCUCCAGGUCACAACCACCAGGAGACGAGGACCGCAAGGACUCAUCUCAGGAAGUGCGCAGAUUCAAGAAGUCGCGCUCCAGGGCCAAGCGGGCACAGGCCACAACGCUGCCCCAGAUCAGCCUGGACAGCUACGCGGUGCUGCCAGCUGGCGAAGCGGACGAGGACAGAGAGGCGGAGAUGGACGAGGAGGAGGCCGCCCUGGGCUCAGACCUGGACCUGGACCUGGGUGACAGCGGGGUGGAGGAAGGUGAGCGGCUGGACUUUUCCCUGCCGCUGCAUGUGCUGCCGCUCUACUCCCUGCUGGCCCCCGAGAAGCAGGCACAGGUCUUCAGGCCUCCCCCAGAGGGGACCAGGCUGUGUGUCGUGGCCACCAAUGUGGCCGAGACAUCCCUCACCAUCCCUGGCAUUAAAUAUGUGGUGGACUGUGGGAAGGUCAAGAAGCGCUACUAUGACCGUGUCACCGGCGUGUCCUCCUUCCGUGUCACCUGGGUGUCACAGGCGUCUGCUGACCAGCGAGCGGGCCGGGCGGGCCGGACAGAGCCAGGCCACUGCUACAGGCUGUACUCCUCUGCCGUCUUUGGGGACUUCGAGCAGUUUCCAGCCCCUGAGAUCACGCGCAAGCCCGUGGAGGACUUGAUCCUGCAGAUGAAGGCGCUCAACAUCGAGAAGGUCAUCAACUUCCCCUUCCCCACGCCGCCCUCCAUGGAGGCCCUAGUGGCGGCAGAGGAGCUGCUGAUUGCGCUGGGGGCCCUGCAGGCACCCCCGAAAACAGAAAGGGUGAAGCAGCUGCAGACAUCGCGGCUGAGCUGCCCGGUCACAGCGCUGGGUAGGACCAUGGCCACCUUCCCUGUGGCACCCCGCUGCGCCAAGAUGCUGGCACUCAGCCGCCAGCACGGCUGCCUGCCCUAUGCCAUCGCCAUUGUGGCCGCCAUGACCGUGCGCGAGCUCUUCGAGGAGCUGGACAGACCUGCUGCCAGUGAGGAAGAGCUUGUGGCCCUGAGGGGCCGGCGCGCCAGGGUGGCACAGAUGAAGAGGACCUGGGCAGGGCAGGGAGCCUCUCUGAAGCUGGGUGAUGUCAUGGUGCUGCUGGGUGCGGUGGGGGCCUGCGAGUAUGCUGGCUGCUCGCGGGAGUUCUGCGAGGCCAAUGGGCUGCGCUUCAAGGCCAUGCUGGAGGUGCGGCGCCUGCGGGGCCAGCUCACCACCUCAGUCAACUCCGUGUGCCCCGAGGCCGGGCUCUUUGUGGACCCCAAGAUGGACCCACCCACUGAGAGCCAAGUGACCUACCUGCGGCAGAUCGUCACGGCCGGCCUGGGUGACCACCUGGCUCGCAGAGUGCAGAGCGAGGAGCUUCUGGAUGACAAGUGGAGAAACGCCUACAAGACCCCGCUGCUGGACGACCCCAUCUUCAUCCACCCCAGCUCUGUGCUCUUCCGAGAACUCCCCGAGUUCGUGGUCUACCAGGAGAUUGUGGAGACCACCAAGAUGUACAUGAAAGGCGUAUCAGCCGUGGAUGAGCGGUGGAUCCCAGCCCUGCUGCCCGCCUACUGCCAGUUUGAGCCGCCCCUAGAGGAGCCCGCCCCCACCUACUGCCCAGAGCGGGGCCGCGUGCAGUGCCACCGUGCCAGCGUGUUCUACCGUGUUGGCUGGCCGCUCCCCGCCAUCGAAGUGGAUUUUCCUGAGGGCCUCGACCGCUACAAGCACUUCGCCCGCUUCCUACUGGAAGGGCAGGUCUUCUGCAAACUGGCCGCCUUCCGGGGCUGCCUGCUGUCCAGCCCCAGCACAAUGCUGAAGACCUGGGCCAGGCUACAGCCCAGGACGGAGACGCUCCUGAAGGCCCUGGUGGCUGAGAAGGCUGACUGCCGCGAUGCCUUGCUGACCGUGUGGAAGCGGAGCCCUAAGUACCUCCUGGCAGAGUACCUGGAGUGGCUCCCGCAAGCCACACACCUGGAUGUGGAGAAAGCCUGGCCCCCCACCACACAGCACUGACUAGGCCCCUGGCUGCGGGCUGGGAGCGAAUGGGAGUUAGGGCCCAGGUCGCGCCUGGAAAACUGCUCCACAGGGAGCACUGUGUGUGCAGUGCCUUCCUCCUGCUGCUCUGACACUGGAUGGUGGCCUCACUUC